CCGCCCUCACGGCUCGCAGCUCCGCCCCCGCGGCUCGCGGUCGUGCCGUUGCGGCCGGUGGGCGGGGCCUCCGCUUCCUCGCUGCCGGUGCCGGUGGCGGGGGGGAGACGCCGAGCCCCGCCCGCAGGGUGUCCCCAGCCUCCCGGCUGCCCCCCGCCGCCCUCAGCAUGCACGGCGCCCUCGCCAUCCCCGAGGAGGUCUGUAGCCUCCUGGCAGAUGUUGACACUUUUAUUUCCCAAACGCUAAAAGGAGAAAAUCUAUCCAAGAAAGCAAAAGAAAACAGGGAAGUUCUUCUUAAGAAGAUAAAAGAUGUUAAGGCAAGUUAUCCUCAAGACUUCCAGGAUAAAGAAUUGGAAGAUGAGGAAGAGCCUGAGAGCUCUCUUUCUUCGCCUCCUGAUAGUGUCUCAAUAGCAUCUGACCGAUACGAUAAAGAGGAUGAAGCACCUUCUGAUGGGAAUCAAUUUCCUCCUAUUGCAGCUCAAGAUCUUCAGUUUGUUCUGAAGGCUGGAUACCUUGAAAAACGCAGGAAAGAUCACAGCUUUCUUGGCUUUGAAUGGCAGAAACGUUGGUGUGCUAUCAGUAAGACAGUCUUCUAUUAUUACGGAAGUGACAAAGACAAACAACAGAAAGGUGAAUUUGCCUUAGAGGGCUACACCAUCAGAAUGAAUAAUAGCCUUCGGAAGGAUGCAAAGAAAGAUUGCUGUUUUGAAAUCUCUGCUCCUGAUAAGCGCAUUUAUCAGUUCACAGCUGCCACUCCCAAAGAAGCAGAAGAAUGGGUACAGCAAGUCAAAUUUGUAAUUCAAGAUAUGGAAUCUAAUACUAUUCCUGAGGAGGAGGAAGAGGAAUAUGAUGAUGUUGGACAAGUGAGCAGUGAACCAUUAGAUGAUAUUUAUGAAGAAGUUAAAGAAGAACCUGUGCCUUCAAAAGCUGAAGUGCCAAGAAAACUGAGCCAGGAGAAAGUUACCACCGUUUCAGAUGGAAAAAAUACCGAUUACGCCAAUUUCUAUCAAGGUUUGUGGGACUGCACAGGAGAUGUACCUGAUGAGUUGACAUUUAAACGUGGUGACGUUAUCUACAUUCUCAGCAAGGAGUACAAUAGAUUUGGCUGGUGGGUAGGAGAAAUGAAGGGAACCAUUGGCUUGGUGCCUAAAGCCUACAUAAUGGAGAUGUAUGAUAUUUGAGAGGCCUGGGAGAAAUCUGCACUUGAAAUCAAGAGUGGUGUGCAGCUGCAGUUUACUGACCCGGCCUCUGAAAGAAGAUUCUGCCAUACACGUUUUGUGGUUUCAGUGAAUGUAGUCAGAUCGUUGCCUUGUGUAUAUUAAACAUUAAAAACUGUAAUUGAUCAUAAAUUCUGCGGAAAUGUUCUUCUUAGCCACUUUUUAUAGAAUUGCAAUGCUAGGAAAUGAAAUAGAUGGUAGUUAACAUAUGGGGCACAAGCAGCCAAAAUAGUGCCUGUUGCUCUUUUCUUAAGCAGCACUCUGUAUAGGUUUGUGUUCUUGCAAGGCAUUUGGCUAUGUUUUCCUGUUCCUCAGAUGUAGAAAAAUCAAGCUGAACUUUGAAAGUAGAAAACUGUUGCUCAGUUGAUGGAUGCAUUAACUUUUUAAUGCUCGCUGUACCUUUUAUGCAGUUUCCUAAGAAAUCAAGGGAAAUUUAUGUGUAAUAUUGCAAGUCUUCAGGAUACUCUGCUUCCAAAUGUUUUUGUAUUAUGUUUUAGGCAAUGAUUUAUUUUUUUCAUAUAUUCAGUAUUGUUAUUGUUAGUUAAUAUUUUGGUGCCACAAAAUGAAGGCUUGGCUCUUUUGCUGAUGUAUUAAAUCAGCCUGUGUGGUAAUACUGCCCUGAUACCAUUCGGACCUGGAGAUAUGAAUUACAUGAACAUUUGUAAAAAGAUAACGUAUGAAACCCCACAAUUUUUGCUAAGUCAACAUGAGAUAAAUGGCAGGUUUGAAAUAUUUUUAUCCAUGUUAGUGUGAAAUAUUUUAUCUGUACCGUACAGAUACUUUCACAGAGUCAAAUCUGGAUACCUUGUCGGUAUGUGGAAUUUCUGAUACAUGUUGUGCAACAGCCAUCUUCAGCUCUAUGUGCAUUAAUAACGGCUACCUGCAGUUGUAGCGUCAAAUCCAGAACUUUGUGGCUAAAAGCAUCAGUUGAAGCAUAAAAAGGUACACUAAAAUACUCUCACUUGUGGAUAAGGGGUUGGACAGAGUUAAUACUUUAAAUCCUCUUGUUUUGGAGAUGUGCUUUACUAUUAGCAUGCAAGAUCAACUUUUCUGAAUCCUCCCACACACUUGAUUUGUGAGACCCUUAAUCUGCCAAAGAGGCAGGUCAAGCCAGUCUGCGAAUUGCUGAGCCUGUGCAGGUCCCCUUGUAGCUGCUUGUGCUGUUUACGCUUCAGGCGGGCCCUGGAAACACUGUGGGUUAAAAGGUGACGUUAGUCUGAACUCAGAAUUAGAUCCUUUCAGUAAGCUAAGAUGUUGUGCUUUGUUUUAGCUAAUGUAUGAUACUUGAUGGUGCACUGGAGUCCAAUGGGGUACAGAGUUCUGCUGUAAUUUUUUAAAAAAGAGAUAGUCAUUGGAAUUGAUUCUGUACGUUAUCAGUGAAGCAUUAAAAUGAUAGAUUAUAGUCUUCAGAUCUUUUACUACUUUAAUUUAUCAAGUGUACUUGUGGAUUGUGUACAGAAUGUGAAGCGUUAAUAUCACGGCUAGAAAAGCUCUUUCUCUUGCUAACGUGGCAGCAUAAUAAAUCUGUCCACCGAAAUGUCUUUUUAUUAACUAUGUAAUUCCAAAUUCCUCCACCACCACCACCUACAUUUUUUGGGAGUAAAUCCUCCCCCCUCUCCUUGAGACGAAGUGCCUACGCCUGAAACUCAAUUUAGGCUAGGACCAGCGCGGGGAUGCUGCUGCUGCGGCCGGGGCACGGAGGGCGGGAGAGGGCGGAGGGGGUGCCCUGCGCUGCGCUCCUGCGCAGCCCAGCCCUGCCCUGCCCUGCGCUGCGCUCCUGCGCAGCCCAGCCCUGCCCUGCCCUGCGCUGCGCUCCUGCGCAGCCCAGCCCAGCCCUGCCCUGCGCUGCGCGCCCGCGGCGGUAGAUGGCAGCAGAUUUUCAUAGCACUGGAGGAGGCCGAGCCCGGCCCCUUCCCCCUUCCGUGCGCCCCCGCGCCGCUUCUGCCGUUUUUCCAGGAGAGGGAGUCCCACCCCAAGCGAUGAGUAGCGGGCCUGCCGAGCGCCUUCGCUCCCGGGUGGAGGCAACCAGAGAAAUAAAGUGCCUUUUGUCUGUAGUUCUCCUUUAGGGCUUCCCGCCCCCCCCCCCACCCCGGCUCUUAGUACAUAUGGGAGGGAGUAAACAAACUGCUUUAAAAUUCAAAACCUGAAAGAUGUCUUGAAACUCACGCGAAGUGUCAGGGAAUAAACCAGCAAUGGACCAUGGAUGGAUGAAUUGUUUACUUUAUAUCUGAGCAAAUACCAUAACCUUUUUUGGAUAAGAAAAUCUCCCUUACUAUACCUUAAAUAAAACUCAAUGCUAGAAAAUGCUAAUUGCUUUAUUCUCUUUGUUUGCUUAGGUUGCACUUGCCUUUCUGUGAACAGUAAGACAGCUAAUUUUUUAAAAGGUGAUUCUAAGUCAUAUUUUGUACAGUGUUUUACUUGAUUAUUUGCUCUGUUCUGGAUUUGUACUAUACUGCCAUUAGAUCUUACAAUAAUGUUCUACUCUGCAAAUUUUUAAGGUUCAAAUAAAGUUUAAUUGUUUGCAAA